UGCACUAUAAACACAGGACAUCCUCCUCCUGACCCCCCCAGCUUCCUGCCAUGGACCCGCCUGGCCUCAGACACACCCUGGCACCCGGCACGUACCACGUCCACCAGCGGGAGCCGCCAGCGUCGGGAGCUGUCAGACAGAAAAACUGGGAGGGAUCAGGUUCUCUAUCUAAUCAGGUUUUACAGAUCUCCAGAGAUUCUCCUGGGCCUGCCCUUCAGUGAAAAGGUGGAUAUGUGGUCAUUAGGCUGUGUGAUGGCAGAGCUUUACCUGGGCUGGCCUCUGUAUCCAGGUGAGUCUGAGUUUGAGCAGGUGUGCUACAUCUGCGAAACCCAAGGCCUGCCGAGCCCACACCUUCUCAAUGUGGCCACCAAAACCAACCAGUUCUUCAAACCCAUCAAGACGGUGCAUGGUAAGCUGCUGUGGCAGCUGAGGCCUACUGGGCACAGAACUGGACCUAAUGGAGGUCAUACAGAAGGAAAGGACUCUGGUACACCUGAACGGAGGAAAUACAUCCUCAGAUCUUUGGACCAGCUGUACAGUGUGCAUGGUCCAGAACAUGACCAGGUGUUUGGAAGAGAACACACAGCUGCAGCGCUUGCCGACCGCUACUGUAUGGUAGAAAUCAUCAAACAAAUGCUGACCGUUGACUCCUGUCAUAGGAUAAAACCCAGUGCUGCCCUUCAACAUCCGUUUAUAACUCUAACUCACCUUCACGGCUCAAAAGCACAUUAUUAUGACCUUUCAUUCCAGGAGCUUCAGAAAGCUCUAAUUCCUAACAGGUCAUCUGAAGAUCACAGUGACCACAGCUGGAACCCAACAGCAGAACAUCAAAAUCCACUUCUGUUCUACGAAGAUCAACACAAGAGGGGUUUUCCACCAGAACUGAGCAAUCAAGAAGAAGCUGGCCACCAAUGUUCAGAAGGAGAUCACCAUGGCAACCAACCAUUCUGUGAUGGGUCCAACUCGAGAGCACAUGGCCUUGAUCCACAACACCAUGAUCCAUGCUGUGGUUUGCACCUGGUAGGAACCUAUCAGCUAAACAAAGUGGAUGACUUGAUUGAGAAGGUGGAGGAACUGCACACUGCAAAUACUGGAGGCCAGGAAGCUCAAGCUGGCUGGUUUGGAGAUGCUGCUGUUGGGUCUGGUCAAAAUGCUAAUGUGGUCGAUGAGCUCCAGGCCUGCCCACAAUCCAUUGAUGCUGAACACGGCUUGGUCAAGGUGCCGCUGAUGUGGCCUCAGACUGAGCUGGCCUCCAUGCUAACCCCAGCAAACAACACUACACAAUCCAUCAAACAGCUCAACGUGCGUCCAUCUCGCUCUGACCCCACCAGCCACCCCUCCUCACUCCAGGUGCAUGCUGGGAAUUCUUCCUUCUCAGCUUCUUCCAGUAUCUCCCUGGAGAUGUUCUUCUCUCCUAAGCCGCUGGACCCCCCUGAGGAACCGGGUGACCCUCCACAGCUCUUCCCAGCUGAAAUGCAACCGAAUCACCAGGACCUUUUAGCUCAGGGUCAGCAAUUCUGCAGCUACUCUGAGCUGGAGCAGGGUCUCUGUUUAGUCCCGUAUGAAGCAGAAUCGCCCUGUAACAUCAGGGUCCAGUGGCCUACUGUAGUGGACAGUCCUCACUGCAACACCCCCACCUGCACUGAGAGUGAAAUCGUCUGUGUAACGCUGAGUGUGGAGGACCUGCAGCUUUAACUGCGUCUACUGGACCAGCAGAUUGAUCUCACAAACACACACUAACAUCACACCUCAGAGUUUAAUCACAAUUUAUAUUUGGCAGAUCAUCCUGUGCUGAGUUUACAGCAUGUUGACUUAUUAAGUGUAAAGCAAAAAUAAACAUCAUACGAACGAUGAAAUGAGAAAGCAGUCCAUUUUAAUGAAGACAGUAAAAAUGCAGUUUGUUAAAAAGAUACAAUAGUCACAGUAAAUCACACAGAUAGGCAGAGUAACUGAGUAAUAAAGC